AUGGGCGGCGGCGGCCUCGCGCUGCGGGUCGCCGCGACCUGGGCGCUGGCGCGCGCCGGCUUCUCCGACACGGAGCUCGGCGCCGGCGUCCAGGGCCGCGUCCUGGGCGUCGCGGACAUGGACGGCGACGGGACGCUCGACGUCGUCACGGCGAGCGCGGACCGCUUCACCGUCGUCUACAACACGGCCGAGGGCUUCGUCGCGACGGACUCGGGCGCGGACGGGAGCGUCGCGGCCGUCGCGGCCCUCGCGCUCGCGGACCUCGACGGCGACGGCGCCGCCGACGUCCUCCUCGCCGCGGGCACGUCCGUCCAGAUCUGGCAGUUCGACGGUGACAUGACCGCGCCCCUGAUCCUCCGCUGGCAGACGAGCGGCAACAGCGGCGCGGGCUGCCUCGACGUCUUGAACUUCAACGGCGACGGUGACCCCGACUUCUUCGCGGGGCGGCCCGAAGAGAACCUGCUCUCGUCGUACCGGCGCCUCGGCGACGACUUCGUCGAAGGCGUCGUCGACAAUGACGCCGGCGGCGUCGUGGCCCUCGUCCACGCGGACGUCAACGGCGACGGCGACGUGGACGCGUUCGCGGCCUACGGGGCUCUGAACGCCGUCGCGUACCUCAAGAACGACGGCGCGGGCAACGAGGCGUCCUUCAGCCGCGUCUUGGGCACCGAGGACGGCAUGGCUCCCAACGCCAUCUUCGGCAACGUCGACGUCGACGGCGACGGCAACCUCGACCUGCUGGUGACGGGCGACGACGGCCGCGUGUAUUGGUACGAGAACAUCGACCUGCAUGAGGGCGGGAACGAAGCCAACCUCCGCGACAUCUCGUCGGCGACGGACGGCCCGCGGUCCGUCCAGGGCGUCGACGUGGACGGCGACGGGGACGUGGACGUCUUGGUCGCGUCCUACUUCGACGACGCGGUGACCUGGUUCGAGAACCAAGGCGAGGACGCCGCCGGCACCCUGCAGUUCGCGCAGCACGCCGUCAAGUCCACGUCCUACGCCCGCGGCCUCGUGGAGCAGGUCACGGGCACGUGGGGCGACAUCUGCCUCGACGAGACGUCGUUGCUCGGGAGGGACGGCGCGGUCCUCAGCUACGGCGACGGCUCCGGCGGCGACAACUCGGCGAGCGACGCCUUGGACACGUCGGCGGAGUAUAUCUCCCGCGUGCGGCAGGCGUCCUAUAGCGGCUCGUCGCAAUGCGACGAGGGGCUCGGCGGCGGCGUGUACUACGAGGUGUCGUCGAUCUACGAGACGUCGGUCGUGCGGUAUUUCAACUUUGGCGCCGGGGGCCCGGAGGACCCGGCGGCGACGACGGCCGGCGGCCGCGCCACGGAUUGGGCCGCGUCGUGGCCCUGCCAGAUCGUCGGCCUCGUCGUCGACGGCGACGACGAUCCCGCGACGGUCGACACGAUCGCCGGCGUCGAGACGAAUUGCGACGGCGGGACCUUCCCCAUACCCACGGGGACGCUCUACGACGACACGUGCGUCGUCGUCGCCGCGGACCUCGACGGCGACGGCGACGCGGACGUCGUCUCCGCGUCAAGCGCCGACGGAAAGGCGUGGUGGCACGAGUCCGUCGGCGACGCCACGGCCGCGCCGACGGCCGCGUCCUGUGGCUGGGCGGCGAGGGACGAGUGGUCCACGAGCCACACCUCGGGCUGGUUCGUCGCCCGGGUCGACAGCUCGGCCGUGGCGACGGACGUGCCCCUCGGCGUCUUCAUCGACGGCGAGCUCUGGGGGCUCUCGGAGACGUCGGAGGCGCUGCCCGACUCAAGCGGCGCCUUCGCCGGGCUGGACUGCUACUCGACGUCGAUCUUUAGCGACGGCGCGUCGGCGGGCGCGGACAUCACCUAUAAGCUCUGCCUCGACGGCGCGGUGCUCGCGGCGGACGCCGUGAGCCUCGACGCGGCGGAGACGCUGACGGACGGCGAGUACGGGUCCACGUCGGAUCCCGUGUUCCUCGACUUCCCGUCCCCGACCGCGCCGACGCUCGUCGCGCGCUACGCCUUCGACGGCGGCGACGCGUCCGACGACUCGGGCAACGGCAUGACCGGCACGAUCCACGGCGCGACGGCGACCGUUGGCUUCGACGGCGGCGGCGCCCUGGCCUUCGACGGCGUCGAUGACUACGUGGAGCUGCCCGCGGCCGUGACGGCGACGCUCGGCGCCGGCGCCGCGCGGACCGUGUGCCUCUGGGCGAAGAUCGGCGCCUUCGACGGCGGCGGUCUCUUCUCGUACGGCGCGCCCGCCGACGGCCGGGAGUUUAGCCUGCGCACCUACGGCGACGUCGUUCUGCGGGUCCAGUACUACGGCGAGGCGUUCGACGCGGACGUGGCGCUCGCCGGCUCCGACGACGGCGCCUGGCACCACUACUGCCUCGCCUACGACGGCGCGGCCUGGACGCUCUAUUACGACGGGUCCCAGGCGCAGACGGCGACGCUGGCGCUGGACACGGACGCGGCCUCCGCGACGUUCAAGCUCGGAGUCUGGUACAACGAGCAUCUCUACUUCUCCGGGUCCCUCGACGACGUCUGGAUCUACGCGGGCGCCCUCGACGCCGCCGCCGUCUCGAGCCUCUACGAGACGACGCUCGCGCCGACGCUGUCGCCCGCGCCGACGCCGACGCCGCGGCCGACGCGCGUGUCCGAGGCGACGCUCGUCGCGUACUACUCCUUCGACGACGGCACGGCCGCCGACGACGUCACCGGCGGCCUCGCCCUCGACGGGACGAUCACCGGCGCGACGGCGACGGCGGGCCCCGGCGGGAGCCGCGCGCUCGCGUUCGACGGCGUCGACGACAUCGCAACGUUCCCGGCGGCGGUGACGGCGGACGUCCUCCUCGCCAGCUCGCGGACGUUUUGCCUCUGGGCGACGGUCGACGCCUGGAACGGCGCCGCCCUCUUCUCCUACGGGGCCGCCGACCACUGGGACGACACCACGUACUUCGCCUUCCAAACGUCGCACGAGCCGGGCGAAUUCAAGCUGAGCUUCCAGAGCAGCAACGUGGUUCUCUGGGGGUCGGACGACGGCGCCUGGCACCACUACUGCGUCACCUACGACGACGGCUGGCUGAAGCUCUACUUCGACGGCGAAUUUUUCGAUUCGUCCGUGGCCUACCUGCACACGGGCGACGGGCAGAAUUUCAUGGUCGGAGGCGCGGGCUCCGACGCGGCCUACUUCGACGGCGCCGUCGACGACCUCUACGUCUACUCGAGCGCGCUCGACGCGGCGUCGAUCCAGCACAUCUUCGAGCUGACGGGGUUGCCGACGGCAUCGCCGACGCUGACGCCGCCGCCGACGCGCGUGUCCCAGUCGACGCUCGUCGGGUACUACUCCUUCGACGACGGCACGGCCGCCGAGGACACUGACAGCAGCCUCAACGGCACCGUUUUUGGCGCGACGGCGACGACGGGCCCCGACGGGAGCGGCGCGCUGUCCUUCGACGGGAGCGAAAGCGCCGCCGCGUUCCCCACGGCGCUGACGUGGGGGCUCCUCGGCAUCGCGCACCGGACCGUGUGCCUCUGGGCGACGAUCGACGCCUGGAACGGCGCCGCCCUCUUCUGGUACGGGACCCUCUGGUCCGCCUCCGACAACCAGGUGUUUGCGCUGAAGACGUCGUCCCCGGGCUCCGUCGACGUCUAUUUCAACGGCGCCGCCGACGCCGGCGACGUCGCGCUCGCCGGGUCCGACGACGGCGCCUGGCACCACUACUGCGUCGCCUACGACGGGGCCUUUUGGUUCCUCUACUUCGACGGCCAGCAGGCCUCUACGGGCGCGGCGGAGCUGAACACGGGCGACGAGUUCGAGCUCCAGGUCGGCGGCCUCUCCAACUGGGGGGUCUAUUUCGACGGCGCCGUCGACGACCUCUACGUCUACUCGAGCGCCCUCGACGCGGCGUCGAUCCAGCACAUCUUCGAGCUGACGGGGACGCCGACGGCCGCGCCGACGCUGACGCCGCCGCCGCCGCCGUCCAACGGCGAACUCUGCGACUGCACGAGCUACGCCAACGGCGCGACGGAGUACGACGCCGUUCUCUGCGUCCCGAACUCGGGCCAGUGCCGCCCGCCGAACGACGGCGACGGCCUCUGUAGCUCGGACGCGCCGGCGUGCGUCCUCAGCGACGCGCCGACGCCUCAUCCCACCUCCUUGUUCUCCACGCUCGCGCCGACGCCGGCGUCGCUCUACUACGACUGCCGCCGCAUGACCAACACGAUCUGCGACGACGACCUGAUGGACAUGUGCGUCGUCGGUCCGCGGGACUGCGGCGACCUCGACGAGGAGACGUGCUUCUACGAGGACUGCAACCCCUGCGCCGCCGGCGCCGGCGACGCCAUGUGCGCCUGCGGCAUCCUGUCCGUCUACGGCGACUACACGAACCUGUGCUGCUGGGGGGGCUGCGGCGAAUGCGGCGGCCAAGCCUGCGACGAGCGGCCGGGCGGGCCCGACAAGUGCUGCCACAGCAACAUCAACUCCAGCGGCGAUAUCUGCCAGGUGCCGAGCGACACGGCCUGCGCCGUCCCCGACCCGCUCGACGACACCACCAUCCGCGUGGCCGUGGCCGCCUGGGCGUGGGGCCCGGAGACCGCCACGGCGACGUACGGCGACAUCGGCUCGUGGGACACGAGCAUGAGUCUUGACCGGGAAAAAUCGACGCGUUCCGUAGGCUGGUGCGGCGUGCCCGUCGACGACACGACGUUCCUGGCCACGGCCUGCGCGGCGACGGCCUGCGGCGCGAUGGCGACGUGCCCCGCGGCCUGCGCGAGCGUCUCCUUCGCGGAGCGCGUCGUCACGGACGCGUGCUACGCGGCCUACUCGGUCUUCGCCAUCGACGUCGACGGCGACGGCGACGUCGACGUGUCGUCCAGUGUGCUGUCGGCGUCCAAGACCGACGACACGGUCGCGUGGCACGAGAACGAUGGGUCGGAAUCCUUCACGCAGCACGUCGUCACGACGCUCGCGGACUGGGUGGCCCGGGUCUUCGCCGUCGACGUGGACGGCGACGGCGACGUCGACGUGCUCUCGGCGUCCUACGCGGACGACAAGAUCGCCUGGUACAUGAACGACGGGUCCCAGAACUUCAGGGAGCUCGUCAUCGCGAACACCGCGGACGAGGCCUGGGACGUGCACGCGAUCGAUCUGGACGGCGACGGCGACGUCGACGCGUUGUCGGCGUCCCGCGGCGACGACACCGUCGCCUGGUCCUUCACCAAGCACGUCAUCACGACGCUCGCGAUGGGGGCCCGGUGCGUCUUCGCGCUCGACGUCGACGGCGACGGCGACGCGGACGUGCUGGCCGGGUCCUGGGAGGAUGAGACGGUCGCCUGGUACGAGAACAUGCACGGAGAUGCCGUGUUGUUCUCUUUGCACGUCAUCUCGCCGCUCGCGGGGGCCAACGCCGUCUACGCUCUCGAUCUCGACGGCGACGGCGACGCGGACGUGCUCUCGGCCUCCCAGGACGACGACACCGUCGCCUGGUACGAGAACGACGGGUUCCAGGCCUUCACGGAGCGCAUCAUCACGACGCUCGCGGACGGCGCCCGCUCCGUCUACGCCAUCGACGUCGACGGCGACGGGGAGAUCGACGUGUUGUCGGCGUCGGAGAACGACGACACGGCCGCGUGGUUCGAGAACGACGGGAGCCAGGACUUCACUGAGCACAUCAUCACGGACCACUCGGACACCAUCUUCGAGGUCUUCGCGAUCGACGUCGACGGCGACGGCGACGUUGACGCGCUCACGGCGUCCCAGGGCGACCACUUGGUGGCCUGGCACGAGAACGGCUGCGCCGGGCCCGCGCCGACGACCGCGCCGACGAUGAGCCCCGCGCCGACAACGAGCCCCGCGCCGACGGCGUUCGGCUCCUGCCUCUGCGGCGCCGGCGCGAGCUUCGACGCGGAUCUGCAGGCGAGUACGGACCGCGGCGGCGCCGUCAUCGGCGACAGCGUCAGCGGCGCGGCUCUCGCGCCCGGUGGGGUUGUUUCUGCGGCGGCGGGCGCCGUCCGGGCGGGCUGCGUGCCCGGCGAGCGCUGCGACUGCUACGCUUACAGCGCGGGCUCCGUAAAGGUCGCGGCGCCCGCGGCCGCGGCUCCACCGGGCGCCGUCGUGACGGGCCCGUCCACCGCCUCCGCAUGCGAGGCCCUCGUCCUCCACUCGGACUCUUCGACGGGCUCCGGCGGCCGCGCCUGGGCGUCGAUCGCGUGGAACGUGACGUGGGACGACGGCGGCGGUUUCGAGGCGGAGGGCGACGCCCUCGAAUUCGCGGCGGACCAGCUCGCGGCGGCGGCGGACAGAGGCGUCCGGCAGCGUGUGACGAGCUUCUGCGCCACGUUGCAUCUGACGAACUUCCUCGGCGCGUCAUCGUCCUGCGAGUAUCGGGAGCCGGGACCGGACGCGCUGGCAUCCGCCGAAGGCAUAUUGUGCCUCGCGUGCGCGUUGGCCCUCAUGCUGCCCAUGGUUUCCGUGUUCCAGUGGCUCUUCGACCAGUACCUCGUCGCCGACGCGGUCACGCGGCGCGUCGCGGAGCUCAGCGAGGCGCUGGAGCGCGCCUCGGAGGCCCGGGACGCGUCCAAAGUCCGUGGGCUCGCGCGGCUGCGCGCGGCCACCAAGGAGCGGUGGCGCUGGGACGUCGACGAGGAGCGGUUCAAGGCCAACGUCGCCGAGCUCUGCCGAGAGCAGCUGGCCAUCGCCGCGGACUACGACGCGGAGCUGCGCAAGCUGCAGGCGAAGACCAGGCCGGAGACGGUAGCUUUGCGGGCCGCGCGGCUCUACGAGCUCGAGCGCGUGUCCCACUUCUCGACCGUCGAGCGGCUCAUCUACGAGCACGCGGUGCGCGGCAACGUCGACGACGACGAGGCGCGGAAGUCGACGCCGGCGCUCUGGUCGUACGUCGCGGCGUGGCUCUGCGUCGUCGCGAGCGUCGCGGCCUCGGCGCUCUACCUCCUCUCCUUCGGGAGUUCGCUCGGCGUCCGUGCGUCGCGGCUCUGGCUUUUGGAGCUCCUGUUUCUCCUCAUCUACGGCGUGAUCGAGACGCUCUACAUCAUGGCGUUCGACGUCCUCUUGCCGGGGCUGCUGAAGGAGCACUACGAGAAGUCCCUCCGGGAAUACCCGUUCGCGACGCCCCUCCCGACGAUCUCGACGUUCUACCUCGCGCUCUGGCACGGCGACGAGCUCGGCGGGACGCAGUUGGGAAUCGCGCGGACGGCCCUGGGCCUCGUCGCGGGCCUCGCCGACGCGUUGGAGGCCGGGGGCCUCGGCGAGGGCGUGACGGCGUCGCCGGAGGCGACCGCGGCCAUCUUCUCCGCGCUCCUGGGGUCGCUGCCCUUCCGCGUGCCCAUCUACCUCGCGUCCUUCUUCAUCGUCCUGCCUUCCGAGGUCCAGCAGGCGCUCUUCGAGGAGUGCGUGCUCUUCUUCUGGGCCUGCGUCGCGACGGCGGUCGGCUACGUGCCUCUGCUCGUCGGCGAGGGCGACGGCUCCCCGGAGCUGCGGCUGCUGGCCGUCUUCGCCGCCGUCGUCGCCGCGGCCAUCUUAUUGCGGAUGCUCUUCAACGCGGGCCUGGCGCUGGCGACGCGCCUGCUGGAGGGCGAGACGCGCGCGGACUUCGCCGCGAGGGAGAGGGUGCUCGAGGACGCGCCGGCGAUGGUGUCGAACCCCAUGUCGAACCGGCGGGCCAAGGCCGACAUCGAGCUCACGGACCUCGAGGCCUCGGGGCCGGACCGCGACAUGGCGGGGCCCGCGGAGCGCGCGGAGCGCCAGAAGUCCGCGCUCCAGGCGUCCCGGUCCUCCGUGGACGCCGUCGCCCUGCGCCUCGGCCAGCGGCGCCACAAGAAGGGGAACUGCUGCUGCGGCGGCGGAUACUGCUGCUGCUGCGGCGGCGGGUGCUGCUGCAUCUGCUGCGGAAAACCCGGCUGCGGCAUCUGCGGCAUGCCCGGCUGCGGCAUGCCCGGCUGCGGCAUCUGCGGCAUGCCCGGCUGCGGCAUCUGCGGCAUGCCCGGCUGCGGCAUGCCCGGCUGCUGCAUCUGCUGCAUGCCCGGCUGCGGCAUUCGCUGCUGCUGCAUCUGCUGCAUGCCCGGCUGCGGCAUCUGCUGCUGCGGCAUCUGCUGCAUGCCCGGCUGCGGCAUCUGCUGCAUGCCCGGCUGCGGCAUCUGCUGA